UUAUGUGUUUUUUUUUUUUACUGACAUUGCUACUAAAACAAACACAACAUGAUGGCUACAAACGGAAAUGGAGCUGCUGGAAUAAACGGUGACGUGCAAUCGGCGUCUUCAAUGAACGACGCUUUUGCAGUGAAGAAACACUCCGGGUCGGUCAAUGGGGCCGCAGCCGAGGACUCGUGUCACUCCAAGCAGCAGAACGGAGAAGACAAGAAGGCCGACCGGUUCUCUUUCAGCGCCGAGCCCACGGUCGAGGACAUCAGGCGAAUGCAAGCAGAGUUUACGGACGAGCGGGACUGGAACCAGUUCCACCAGCCCCGCAACCUGCUGCUGGCCAUGGUCGGAGAAGUGGGUGAGGUGUCGGAGCUCUUCCAGUGGCGGGGCGAAGUGGCGGAGGGCCUGCCGGACUGGACCGAUUCGGAGCGGGAGCACCUGGCGCACGAGCUGAGCGACGUGUUGAUCUACCUGGUGGAGCUCGCGGAGAAGUGUCGCGUGGAUCUCCCACAAGCUGUGCUGCGUAAAAUGGCCUUAAAUCGAUUGAAAUAUCCCGCCAGCAAGGUGCACGGAUCGGCCAAAAAGUACACCGAAUACAAGGACUGAGUGUGUGUGUGUGUGUGUGUGUGUGUGUGUGUGUGUGUGUGGAGGCAGGGAUGUUAAAGAGAGACUCUGGACCUGCUGUUUACUGAACACUUUAUUAUAGGUUCAAAUGACUUUUUCCUCGGUUGACUUGUUGCGUGACUAUCUGAAUGCUUUUAGCUUGGUGUGUUCCUUCUGAUACAUUUUCUAGCCCUAGACCAGGGGUGGGCAACUGGCGGCCCGGGGGCCACAUGCGGCCCCCUUCAACCCUCAAUGUGGCCCUCAGGUCAAUUUUGACAUAUCAAUUAAUUGGAAACAUGAAGAAAACAUGACUAAAUAUGCCAUGAAAUCAUGAAAACCAGAAAUAUGUCCAUAAUAAUAUUUGAUCAUUGGUAUAUGUUGAGAUAAAUUUGAGACAUAAUUGACUGUAAUCGUUUUUGUAUUCUACAAUUUGGCCCCCCUGGCAGUGAGAAUUAAAUGAAUGUGGCCCCUUGCUGUGACCAAAGUUGCCCACCCCUGCCCUAGACGAUAUAUCGGCUUUUAUUGAGGGUAACUUUUAAAAUUGUACUUUUAGUCUUGAUCAUUGAUGAGGGGAAACUGCACAAUAUGCUGCUGUGGUAGCCCACCUCCUCUGCCUUCGAGGGUAUUUGUAAGAAUAUAUUUUUCACAUUUAAAAAAGUUUGAGCUUGAUUACAUUUUCAAAGCGUGGAUAAGUGAGUUUGUUGGUUUGAAGCAAGAUGAUUAAUGAUCCACACCAUCCCUUGGUGAAGUGGAAAUAUUCAUUAUUUUGUCAUUACCUUUUGUUCAUUUAUCUUCAUUCACCAUUAGGUUUCGGUAAACUUGUCCUCAAUUUUGUUUACUGCUCACAUAUUUUUCCCAAAGUAAAUGCUGCUUUGAUUCUU